AUGGAUCAGAGAAAUUACACCAGAGUAAAAGAAUUUAUCUUUCUGGGAAUUAGUCAAUCCCGAGAACUGAGCCAGGUCUUAUUUAUCUUCCUGUUUUUGGUGUACAUGACAACUCUAAUGAGAAACCUCCUCAUCAUGGUUACAGUUACCUGUGAAUCUCACCUUCACACGCCCAUGUACUUCCUGCUCCGCAACCUGUCUAUUCUUGACAUCCGCUUUUCCUCCAUCACAGCUCCUAAAGUCCCGAUCGAUCUUCUAUCAGAGAGAAAAACCAUCUCCUUCAGUGGCUGUGUCACUCAGAUGUUCUUCUUCCACCUUCUGGGGGGAGCAGACGUUUUUUCUCUCUCUGUGAUGGCGUUUGACCGCUACAUAGCCAUCUCCAAGCCCCUGCACUAUAUGACCAUCAUGAGUAGGGGGCGAUGCACAGGCCUCAUUGUGGCUUCCUGGGUGGGGGGCUUUGUCCACUCCAUAGUGCAGAUUUCUCUAUUGCUCCCACUCCCUUUCUGUGGACCCAAUGUUCUUGACACUUUCUACUGCGAUGUUCCCCAGGUCCUCAAACUUGCCUGCACUGACACCUUCACUCUGGAGCUCCUGAUGAUUUCAAAUAAUGGGUUAGUCAGUUGGUUUAUAUUCUUCUUUCUCCUUAUAUCUUACAUGGUCAUCUUGAUGAUGCUGAGGUCUCACACUGGGGAAGGCAGGAGGAAAGCCAUCUCCACCUGCACCUCCCACAUCACUGUGGUGACUCUGCAUUUCGUGCCCUGCAUCUAUGUCUAUGCCCGGCUCACUGCCCUCCCCACAGACACCGCCAUCUCUGUCACCUUCACUGUCAUCUCCCCUUUGCUCAAUCCUAUAAUCUACACGCUGAGGAAUCAGGAAAUGAAGUUGGCCAUGAGGAAACUAAAGAAAUGGCUAGGACAAUCAGAAAGGGUUUUAAUUCAAUAA